UAUCGUUCUAAUCAGAGGAUUUAACCCGGACGUAAAAGUCCAGCGGUCGGCAUGGGGGGCAAAGUCAGCUCCAAAAUGGCAGCUCCCACCGCUAGAGUUAUUCAGGCUGUGCGGCCUCAUGCGCCUAUGAUUAAGUUUCCAAAAAGGCAAGGAAUCCCUAAACCAAACGCCCAACAAGCAUUAAAAACACUAGCAGUCGACUUCCAGCAACACACCACUCCCACUUCACCAUCACCACCUCAAAUACCCAGAAGUCACGUACCAUUGACCCCCAUUGCCGGAAUACCUGACACCUUGGCCUCCAUACAAGUACUUCCUGCAAGGUACCGCCGGAGACCCAUGGCAGUGGAAGAGAUGGACUACAUUCAGCGUGGUGGACCAGACUGAUGACAAUUUAAUGACUGCAACGAAAGUCCUUAUCUAUGGAGAUCGUCUUUUGGCACAAAGUAAAAUAAAAUUACACAAAUCCUCUUAUAAUGUACAUAUGUUUAUUGUUAUCAGAUGUGUUUUAAAGGACAUUUCUAUUGCAUUCAGUGGACGUUAUCUUGUCUUAACUUUGCAUCUUGACAAGCUAUCUAGCCCAAAACUGCUGCUUUAGCUUAGGUUCUGUUGCAAAAUUGGACUUUUCCCUAUGAUACUUAAGCAAACACAAGCAUUUUUCCUAACAUGGCCUGUAAUUAUCAUGAACAGCAUCGCUCAAUGCUGAGUCAGCUGGUGUUUGUUUAAUGCUGGAUCAUUAAAGCAAUACUCUUA